AUGGUUUUGAACGCACGCGCCCAGGUCGCCAACUACCCGUGGGAUGGGUACCCCGACAAGGGCAUGGACGAGCGCAAGACCCGCAACCCCACCCCCGAUGACAUCACCUUCAGGUUCCUAGCCAAGUCCUACGCCUCUCUCCACACCUUCAUGUCCAAAUCAACGGAGUUUGAAGACGGCAUCACCAACGGCGCGGAGUGGUACCCUGUCUAUGGAGGCAUGCAGGACUGGAAUUAUGCGGUGGGCGGCUGCAUGGCGAUCACGCUGGAGCUCUCCGAGAACAAGUGGCGGCCGAUAGCAGAUCUGCCUCAGAUCUGGGAGGAGAACCGUGACGCGCUGGUGGGGUACGCCUUGACCGCGGCGCUGGGAGGCGUCCGCGGCCGCGUGACGGCCGCAGGCAGCGGCGCCCCCCUGGCCGCCACCCUGACGGUCAAGACUUCCGACGCCAACGGCGACCCAGUCCCCUUUUUCGCCAGCAGCGGCUUUGGCUUCUAUGCGCGGCCCCUGGCCCCUGGCACGCACACCCUGGUCGCGGCCGCGGACGGCUACGCCAUGGUAGAGGCGGAGGUGACGGUGCCGAUUGGUGGCAGAGGCGUUGUCAAAAACUUCAAGCUGCGUGCGCAGGGCAGCAGCGGUGAAGAUGGCGGCGGCAGCAGCGGCAGCGGUGAGGAGGAAGAGGGCGCCGCCACAACAGCGGCAGAUGCAGCCCAAGGCAGCGGCAGGGGUAGCGGCAGCGGCGGCGGCGGAGCGGCCGGGGAGCGGGCGGGGAAGCUGCAGGCGAGCAUGUACAUAUUAGCCAUCCACGGGGCCGUCUUUGCAAUCAUCGCGGUUGCAUCUGGCUGCCAGGGCAGCGGCGCGGCGCAGGUGGUGUGCGCUUACCUGCGGUCGCGGCGGCAGGCGAACAGCCGGUUCGAGGUGUGA